AUGGCACAUUCAGCAGCCGCAGCAGCGAGAACGCGACUUGCCAGCAGCAGGGCGAGCUCUCCCCAAGACGACAACACAUUCGCCACGGCCACAGCGACGAGUUUCAAGGAUGCAAUCCAUUCAACACCUCAAGUGGGCUAUGAUGCGACCGAAGACGACAUCCCGCUCCACUACAAUCAAUUCCCAGAGCCCUCCGAGGCGGGCAGCGACGGCAGCGCCGACAUGUCCAUUGAGCUUGGACGGGGCAUCAAGCGAGGCGCUCGUAGAGAUCAUGACAUGUCAUCGGAGCUGGUUUUCAACUUCGGAAACGACAACAGCCAGUACAAGAUUACGGGCACUCCUCCGGUCAGACCCCGCAAGCCCGAUGGCACAUUGAGAAAGGAGGCUUCAGUUCGACGCGCAACCGAGUCUGCACGAGCAAAUGAGGCGCCGAAAAAGGGCACCCCUGGCCAGAAGCAAAGAGCAGUAUCAGACAACAUGCACGUGAGGCCUGGACAAUCGCAACCACCGCCAGCGAUGGGCACUGUACGCAGCUCGCGCUUCGUAAGCUCGCGACAUGCGUCUGCAAACUACGGCGUCAUUCCCACACGAUUCACCACCAAUGGUGGCCUCGAAUCAUCCCAGCAAACACCUCGCCAGCAGGUACAGGGUAAUGCCACCGUACAGUCGGCAGUGCACACGAUCAGCCAGUCAUUUGUAUUGCCAGACUUUCCCGACAUCACGGAGCUUGUGUCGGGCAUGCGAAAAGACGGGACACCUCUGGUCAAACGAACGAACGGAGGCCGCUCCAGGUUUGCGUCUACCACGUACAAGCCACUAGCUCAGGAUCACGCCGCCAUAGAAGGCAUCGCACUUCCCGAGGAUGAGAAGGCAAUAUUUGUGUCUCUGCAACACGCUCGUGAGAAGACCGCAAGGCUUGAGUCAGAGAACAGUGAAGCACAGAAGCGCAUUGAGGAGCUUGAACUUCAAGUCGCCGAGAUGAAGCAUCAACUACAGUUGGCAAGUCGGCGACCCGACAGCGCCUUGGGGUCGGAGGAUGAUACCUUGGACGCAGCAGGCUUUCAGACGGAUAAAGCCAGACUGCAGGGCAAAGUUGCAGCCCUGCAGGAGCGUCUGUCAAAGUCCGAGCGUAAGAUCAGCGUUGCAGAAAUCACCUCCACCCGAGUUGUCAAGGAACGGGACGGUCUGGUCACGCAAAUUGCAGCAGUAUACUUCCAAAACGAGGAGCUCAGCAGUGAAAACCAAGAGUUGCGCACUGCUCGGGCCGAGCUUUCUAAAGAGAACGAGGAGUUGAAAGACACGGUCAAUGAACUACGGGACGAGAAUAACAGGCUGAAGAACAUGGAGAGUGAGGUGGAAAGGAAUCAAGCCUCAGGUGCGCAGAGCAAAGUCGAAAAGAGGCGUCAGCAGGAAGUCAAUCAUUUGAAACGAACUCGGUCGACCAAGAAGUCUGAGGAACCACGCACUCUUGUUGAUGGAGAGGUCAGCCGUGAGCCAAACCACCGCCGUCAAUCCAGCGACCAUCAUGACUCCACCUUCGUCCGAGACUUAGCUACUCGAAUCGAGCUGGAAGUACGAAAGAUGAGGGAAGACGCAGCUUCCGGGACUCAGCCUCGCAACGAUGCCCGGGAUCAGCGUACGGCAAAUGGGCGUUCUAGGUCUCGAUCAAACACUCGUCGCGCUUCUCUGAACGAGAACCCCGUGUCUCUCAAGCGACACAUCUCCGCACCUGCUACGACGAACGCCAACGAAUCCCGCUCGACGAAAGAAUUCGAUGUUCCUGGGGGUUCGAGACACACGAAAAUCGAUGGCAGGAUGACGGUAGCCCAAGAAGACCUGACCGAGCUCAGUGUGUUGGAUCCUGAGGACGUUGCCAAUCUGCGUAGGAAGCUGGAGGAGGAGAAGCGAUCAGGCCGCCUUCGGAAGCGAACGUCCAGCAGGGUCGACAUGGAGACAGAUGAUACAGCUCGGUCGGUCUCGAGGCAGAGCAUGCCACGCAAAUCAUCACUGAAAGAUUUGGCUGGCGGCGUCGAGGAUGGAACUGGCCGUUUCAGCCUGCGUGGCGACGAUGUCUCCAGGGUUACAAAGACUGUGCGAGUCCAGUCGCCUCACUCGUCGCAGGAUAUCCUGGAGCCGCAGCAGGACACCGAGACUGGCAGCAUUUCCAUGGUCAGCAACACCAGCCGUCGUCGACGACGCAAUUCCGAAACUGAGGGGAUGACUUCAGCAUUCAUUGUGCCAGAUAUCACACUGCACGGCUCCCAAAUGCCAACGACGACUGGUAACGCUUGCAUUGACCACAACGUCGCCAGAUGCACUGUCUGUGCCAAGGGUGAACAGGAGGUGUCGAUACCUAAGCCAGUCCCAGCCAGCGAUCGAGACGUAGGCGACGUGACCGAUGCUACGAUUCGACCUUCCCAGCCCCCUGAGGAAGCACUCGCAAUGGUCAUCAAGAACCUUGAAGACGAGAUCAAGCACUUGAAGCUACAACGCGAGUCUCAAAACAGGCUGUACAACCAGCACGAGCCGGCGAUCUCCAAGCGUCGCAGACAAGACGUUAAAGCCAAGAUCGAUGUCCUGACGGCACAUAUUGAGAAGCGAAGCGAUCAGGUCUAUGCCUUGUACGAUGUCGUUGAGGGUCAGAAGCAGCAGGCGGAAGCCGCCAUGGCGAAGGGAGAGGAAGUCAAGGGAACAACCCAGCAAGAGAUCGAUGAGACGCUCGAGAGCAUUGGAAUCGACCCUGUGCAACUGUCCGGCCAUGUUGGCAGAAAAGCACCCGUGGGUCUUGGCGAUGGAGACGACUUGAGCGAGGAGAGUGUUUGGGAAGGAUUGAGUGACAUCAGCAGUGAGGACGAGGUUCAUGGAUUUGGUAGGAAGUGA